UUCGGUUUUCGGGUUUUAUAUUUGCCCUGUAAAAAUCGUCCAUCACGUUGACCGAGUUUUUCGCUAACGCGUGAAACCGACUAGACAAAAUGAAUAUAUGUGUUGUAAAACUUGAUAUUGUGUAAAAUCACAUCGUUAUCUGGAAAUAUUAAAACCAAGAAUCGAGGGCAAGUGCCUCACGGAAGGGAUUUCCUCAAAAGUGAAAGGAAUGGGUCGAACACGAGGGGGUAGAAGACAUGUGCUACAACUGAACGACAACCAAGAGAGUUACUUAGUCAAAUAUGGAUACAGCCGAAUGGAAGGUGAUGGAAAUGGAGAAGAUAAUAGUGGAUCUGACAUGGAGACAGAGCAAGAUCAGGGAGAACCCCCUGAGGCAUGUAGCUCCAGUAAGAAUCCACCCGACACACCAGACAUUGACGACAAGGUGGCCAACUUCCUUGCUGAAAUUCAGUCCAUAGAUCCUGAAACAGAAGAGGAUCCAGAUUCCAGACCAAGCUUCCAAAAUGGUGGAGGCAUAGCUAUUCCCCCUCCCACUUUUUCUCUGAAUUCCAGUCAGUCUCUCCCAGACAAGGCACAGGAGCCAGAGCGACCCGUCUCUAAGAAGGCGACGAAUGCCUACAAGAGCAUGUUCGUGAAGGGAGAGUCAGAGUUUGUACGAUCUAAGGAGGAUAAGAACUUUGUGAAAUCAGCUUCUGAUGAAGUGGAGUGGCCAGAAGAGCCCACCACUGUUUGGCAACAGACCCUGGAUGAGAACACACAAUACCACUAUUACUGGAACACAGUUACCAAUGAGGUGACCUGGGAAAUACCCCCAGACUACACAAGGUACCUGCUUUUGUACAAGGAAUAUGAAGAGAAAGUGGACAAGCUAAAGAAAGAGGGCAAAGUAAAGCCACCAUCAAAAACAGUUCCCAAAGCGACAGAGGGGCUAGUGCCUCCAGUCUCAAAACCUGAUUGGUCAGCUACACCAGCGGCUCCAAACAGCAUUAAGGCCACAGGAGAAUCUGUUUCCUCAAGCUCGGAGAUCGUUCCAGAAGUUAAUGAGACCUCCCCUGGAAUCCUCAAAAAAAAAGAAACCACCGCAUCAGUUCUUCCAGAUAGUACUAACAGUAAAACCAAAACCCCCCAGCUGGUGUCCUAUCACGGAGGGAGCAGUGCCGAGAGCAGCACGGACAGCAGUGAGGAUUCUGACAGCGAGGAGGAUACCAAGAAGACAAACAAACGCUGCAAGGACCAAGAAGGUGAUGAUCUGGACCUUGACGACAUUGACAAGGCACUAGAGAUGGCAUUAGAAAAGAAAAAGUCUCACAAAGAGCACAAGUCAAGGAGAAAAAGAUCCUCUGAAAAAUCUGACAAAGAUGGGAAGGGAAAUCUUCCAAAGACUAGGUCUCUAGUGGAUGCUAUGCGAGAGCAAGUCCAGCAAAAACAAGAAGUGGAGGCCAGAAGGAAGGCGGCCAUUGAGGAGAUGAUGGCCAGGGAGCUGGAGAGGAGAGUGGGGCCUCCCAGAAAGAGACCCACUCCAGAGGACCCCUCCCUGCAUGGGGACUGGGAGGGUAAACGAGCCAAAGUCAUGGAGUAUGAGCAUGGCAGAAGAAGCCGAAGAGAUGAACGAGAAAGCCAGGGUAGAAGCAGUACGGACAAGGAUUAUGAUAGGGAUUCCCGCCACAAAAGAGAUGAUCACAAAAAGCAUAAGAAGGAUGAUAGAGAUAGAAGGAGAGACGACAAGAAAAAGGAUGAACACCGGAAGAAAGACAAGCAGGAUGAUAGAAGGAGAGAUGAAAGGAAGCGGCAUAGAGAUAAAGAUAAAGACAGGGAUAGAGAAAAAGAUGAAAAGAAAAAAGACAAGAAGAAAGACAAACAGAAGGAUGAGGACAAGGAAGAGAAAACUGAAUCGGAGAAGAAUUCGAAGGAACCAUUGAAGCAAGAGAGAAAACCGGAGGAGAUACCCGAGGAGAAAGAGGAAGUCAAGAAAGUGGAAGAAAAGCCGGUGAAGAAAGAUCCUGUCUCUCCACCCCCACCACCCAGCAUGAAGAAAGCAGAGCCAUUUGUAACGACAGUGAAGGCAGAGGGAAGCAACUUCUGUGAAAAUCAUCUGACCGCUGUACAGUUAGCUAAUUUGAAAAUGCAAGCAUCAGAGUUGGUGGAAUUGGGCUUGAGUAAACUUGAGUUUUUAGAAGUGACAAAGAAGGGACUGUCCAAACUGCAAAUAUUGUUGGUAGAAUUGGAGACAAGACAGCAGGAUUGGCAGUCAGGCGGGUUAUCUACUGAAUACUUCCUGUUAAAGCUUGAGGAGGCAAAUCGUCAGCUGCAACAGUACGAGCAAAGUGCGGCUCCCCCUGGUUGGUCUUGCCACUGGGACAGAGCUUACAGGAGGUACUUCUACAUGAACAAGAAAACCAGCCAAACCCAGUGGGAUUACCCGGAGGAAGAGGAUGAAGAGGAGGCUGAUGAAACUAGACACACAGACAGACAACACUCCAUGUCAUCCAGUCCACAAAGAGAUGUGGAUGAGGAUGCCAGUCAGACAUCAGACAUGGGGCAUCUUAAUGGAGAAGAAGCUUCCAGCUCAACCACAGACACUGAGACCAGACCUAAAACUAAGGAAAGUCAAAAAUUAGAGAAAUUUCAAAAAUCAAAAGUGGAUUCCCAAGAUGGAGACAAACAUUUGGUAGGUAAUUCAGACAGCAUGGAUAUUGAGGAGCAGGUGGAGGAUAGCUCUGAAGUCAGUCAGUAUGUGGAGGGGGAAUCUGUUAGCUCCACGGUCCAGCCUUCAAGUGAAGCAGGUGUACCAGAUACAACGUCCAUACUGUCAGUCAUGGAUGAAAUCUUCCAGGGAAAAUCAAAACAUGGAAAAUCUGCCCCAGCAGUGUCCCAGAGUUAUGACUACACAAACAGUACUGCCGCUGCGUCCGUUAUGCAGGGGGAACCCCCACCCCCAGGCACUGACCUGGAUUUACUUCUAGCAGCUCCCCCACCACCACCCCCACCAGCAGAUGAAGAUUCAACUGGACCCAUGGAGGUUUAUGAUACCAGUGUUCCAAUGGCUAUGACUUCCCAUCCCCUAACCUAUUCAGGUAUUGACGGAGAUCCCAUGGUGCAUUCCAGUGUGUCAGAUACCAGCAUGUACCCAUCAGAGACUGGCAUUAUGUCAGCUGAGUCCUCCUACGUGUCAGAGAGGACUGAUGCCCCACCGUUGGUUACCCAAGAGCCUGUGGUGAUUGCUCGGCCCCCUCAGGUGUUUACGAGGGGGGAUGAACCAGGGUCGUCUGCUGAGGUGAUGUCUGGUACAGAGGCGAUGCCGGAAAGUGGGCCAGGGGAGGAUAUCAGUCCCUCACCAACGGUGGCAGCUUUAUCAGUCGCAGCUGAACUCCCCAGCAGCAGUGGAAUAACCAGUGAGAAAAAGAAAAAAAAGAAAGACAAGUCUAUCAGUGGCUCAGGCUUGCAUCUCAAGAAGAAGAAUGUGACUUCGUUGGUACAGAAGUGGCAGAAAGUGAAGAUGGAGGUGGAGAUAGAGGAGCGGAACCGUGAGGAGCGUGAGCAGGCGAUCCGUCAGAAGCUGGAGGAGUACAAGCAAGAGUACAGCUGAGUUGAAGAAAAAGAUGUGAAUGGUUGUGUGUUCACCCAUGUCGCAAUUUAUUAAAAAUUCUAUAUAGACUGCUGCAUAAAUCAGAAAGCUUUUACCACUGUUCAUAUCUUAUUGCUGUCAAAUCAUCGUGUUUGAUCGACAUUUACAUCAUGUAAAAAAUGAUUUAGAACAAAGAACUUAUGAAGUAUUGUUUUAGAAAUGUUUUAAUUAAUGAGCAAUGAAGGUGUGUGAAUGUAUGCUUUGUGGCAGAUUUUUUUGAAGUCUUCAGUUAGCCUUUUUAAAGCUGUGUGCAAGGUAAUUUGACCGAGAUUUGGCUCUGGCUUUGGUAUUUUUACUGACUUCAUUUAAUGGGUCAGUCUAAAUUCUAAAUCCUAGCCAAAUCUGUCAGAGGUAACAUAUAUAUUUGUGUGUGAGGAUCCCCUACCGGUUAUAAAAUGUAAUGUGUUGUUGCAGAUUUAAUAUAAAAAUGAUUGCUUGUUUUCUUUGAGAAAUGUGUUAGGACUGAAACUUUGAUUCACAGAGUGAGAGAUGUUGAAGACUAGCAGUUAUGUAGUCAUGUAUAGCACAUAUUGUGCUCUAGGGAAACCAAAUAAAUCACAAUAAAAAUUUCCACAAAGUGGAAACAUUG